AUGCCACGAAAAUCGCGUCAAUCACGUCAAAACUUGGUGGAGCAAGAGGGAAGGAUUCAGCUUGCAAUUAAAGCUCUUGAAAAUUAUGACAUACCCAGUAUUCGUCGAGCGGCACAGGUUUUUAAUGUGCCUAAUUCAACACUCCAGGAUCGAAUGCAAGGACACUUAUUUCAAGGAGAACUCCGCAACCAGAACCUCCGACUAUCUCAAACUCAGGAAGAGUCUUUAAUGCAAUGGAUUGAAGUAAGAGAUAAGCGCGGAGUUGCUCCAAGGCCUUCACAUGUGCGGCAAAUGGCCGAUAUAAUCCUUAAGAAAGACUCGAAGACCCCCCCUCAACCUAUGAGAAAGAACUGGGUCACGCAAUUUAUUAAUCGCCAUGAUAGCAUUAAAUGCCGCUUUGCUCGACGAUACAAGUAUAAGAGGGCUCUCUGCGAGGAUCCUAGGGUCAUUAAGGACUGGUUCAAACGUUUAAAAGAGGUUCAAGACGAGCACGGCAUUCAGGAUGAGGAUAUUUUCAAUUUCGAUGAGACGGGCUUUGCUAUGGGUCUUAUUGCAACUGCUAAGGCCAACGUGAAUGGGUCACUACAAUCGAAUGCAUCGGUGCCAUGGGAUUUAGUGUUCCAACUUGCAUUAUCUUCAAAGGAAAGGUCUAUAUGGAAGGAUGGUUCGAAGAACUCGAUUUACCACCUGAUUGGAGGGUUGAAGUAA